AUGAAGGCUGACCCAGAGGUUAAAAUGAUAUCAGCGGAGGCACCAAUACUUUUCGCCAAAGGUUGUGAUAUCUUUAUCACUGAACUGACCAUGCGUGCAUGGAUUCAUGCCGAGGACAACAAGCGCCGUACACUACAGAGGUCUGAUAUUGCAGCAGCACUAUCAAAGUCUGAUAUGUUCGAUUUCCUCAUUGACAUAGUACCUCGCGAGGAGGCCACGUCCCAUGCAAAGAGGUCUAGCCAGACAGCUGGAGCUUCUGCAGGCGUUCCUGGCCCCGCAGGAGCCACCGGCCAACUGCCACCAUCUCAACACGGUGUUCCCCAUCACAUGCCUCCGCCGGACUAUAGUACCCUGGGUCAGCAUGGGCUCCAAGAUCAAGAGUACCGGCCGCCGACGAUGUAUGCUGGAGCUGUGCAGUCUGACCCCACGGCUGCCUAUGGUCAGCAUCAGCCUCAAAUGUUCGAAGGAAUGUAUGCAGCAUAUCCGCAUCUACCACCUCAGCAGUGA